UCAAGUUGUAGACGUCAAUGUCAGGGUCCUCGAAACCUCAAGAACGAAGGGGAACAGAUGUCGCAGGGGGAAUCUGCGCCUCGCCCUGCCUCCCGCCACUCCUCGCGGUCUCCUCCGACAGCCGUCGCGUCGUCCUCCCCAGCUCGGCGAAGUCGUAUCCCCCAAGAUGACUCGAGAUCCCGGACACUUCAUGGGCCCGGGGGCGUCGCAGUAACUGGAGGCGGAGGUGAUGGGAGAGGUCAGCAGCCGGGAUCCAGGGCUUUGGACUCGCACGAGAUAUCAACCCCUGCCGGGCCUCCCCACGAGCCCGCAGUUGAGUCUUCCGCAGGUCUCCCUCAGCCCUCGGUUGCCGGAGGCAACCCCCGCUCCGUCAUGGUGACAGGCCAGUACGGGACAGAAGGGUCUCCAUCUCAUCCCUUUGCCUCGCAGACCCCGGGGGCACAAUCACGCACCAGCAAUAACCCCCUCGCACCUCCGACGCCAUCACCCGUUGCGGCUUCUACUGCCUCUGUGGAUCAUGGCUCUCCGACAAUUGUCCAUCCUUACCCUCUGGCUGCAAGGCGGAUCUUGACACCGAAAUCACCCAGGGCAGCAAGCCUCAGUCGAGCGGCUCUGAGAACGGUAGAGGCUCAGCACCAGCAUCUUGGGCAUUUGGCCGCUCCCAUGCCAAGAAGCGGCACCACAGCGCAGGAUGUUCAAACUCUCGGCAGCGGGUCUCCAUCUCUCGGCGCUCUUCAGUUUCAAGGCCGUGGCUCGGGACAAGGAACGGCUGUACUGCCGCCGACCCGGCCGCCCUCGGGCCUUGCUCGUUCGCUUUCGCAGCCGAGUCUGGGUCAAGGACUACCUUCCGGGCCCCCUACAGAACCGUCACAGCCGGGAGGUCUAAAGCGCGAGCUCAGCGGGCGGCCCGUCUUUUCAGGGCCCCCAUUCGCAGCUCCGCUUCCGGCCCCCCAUCGAGGAGGGUUUGGCCCGUCCGGGCUCUCCGGAGACAGCAGGUGGGGAACCGGUGUUCUUGGCUCGCUUCCUCCCGGGGCUUCCGCAGCAAGGCAUCUCCAAAUCGCAGAGGGUCAAACGCUUUUGACCAUCACACCGAGGCAUGGGGAGGAGAUCGUGGUACCAGUUGAUGUUCACCAGGCAUCCAAACAAGCGGAUGAGAAGAGGCAGCGCAACGCGGGGGCAUCGGCAAGAUUCAGGCAGCGGAAGAAGGAGCGGGAAAGGGAACAACAGGAAGGCAUGCAGAAACUGGAAAACCAGAAUCGAGAGUUGGAAAAGAGGGUCGAGGAGCUUGUAAAGCAGUGCCAGGAGCUGGAGGCUCAGCGAGACUUCUACCAAAACGAGCGGAACCGCCUGCGAGUUCUUGUGGCCCGGACGCCGGGUAUCAGCGAAUGGGCCGAUCGAAGGCCGCCGAGUCCCGUCCCGGCGAGAAGCGGAACAUCUUUUGUUCCGCCAGACAACAGCACCCUGCUACCCCAGCCGCCACCCCCGCCGGCUCCAACGACGGGCCAUUCUCACCCGCACGCGCAGACUCAGUCUCGUCCGACGCCGUAUCCCCAUACCCUCGCCAGCCCUCAUCCGCGCUCGAGUUCCUACGGCGACCCUUCGAUGCUGGAACCCCCGGCGAGGCGAAGAAGGACAGACUCCGAGCCGCAGCUCCCAUCCACUUCAUACAGCUUGAUGCCGCCUGCUCCGAUUCCCGGUCCCCCCCCUCCUCCUCCUCCGCCUAUUCCUCCUCCUGCUUCCUUCGGCAUCCCUCCGUCCCCGCAUAUCACGCCGCCUCCAGGAGCCGCACGACUACCUCCCCUGCCUCCUCUUCGAUUCGAUCAGUCUCGAGCUCCGUCGACAACACCUCCCCCGAUGCCCAGUGCGCCGCCUCAGCCGUCCGUCCCCCCACAAUCUGCCAGCCCAUACCCUACUUAUAGGAAACUGCACUAUGAGACAGGGUGGGCCACAGAGCCUCGGGGACAAACGGAGGGUGGCCCAAGGUGA